CUCCAUUACAAAGCGUGAUGCACAUUUUACCUUGAUAUGACAUAAAAUGGCAGACUUUAUAUUCUUGUUGUUGAAAGAAAGUGAAAUCUUUUGAUUUUCUUUUAUCUCAUUCGCUGGCUUUUAGCCUUUUCUGUCAAUGGGAACAUUAUUUUGCAGAGAUAUCUUCUCCUCCAUGAUCAUCCAAUGUUUGAACCUCAAAACCCCAUUUCCAUCAGGUGCUGACGAAUACAAGCAAAAAUCUCACUGAUCUUCUACUGUUUUUUUCAGCAUUUUUGGAGUUGGGAACCUUGAGAAGAAGGGGGGAAAUGGGUCUAAUGGGGGUUCUUCUCUUGGUGUUUCUGUACCCUUUGUCUAUCAUGGCAUUUACAGUACCAAUAUUUUUCCCAAAACUCCAUUCCCAAUUUGCUUCUCUCAACCAAGCUCCAAGAUUGAAGCCAAAGAUCCCUUACGAGACCCGGUACUAUCCUCAGCUGCUGGACCACUUCACCUUCACGCCAAGGAGCUCCAAAGGAUUUUAUCAGAAGUAUCUGAUUAAUGCUCAGUACUGGCGAAAUGGAGCUCCAAUCUUCGUUUACACUGGCAAUGAGGGAGACAUCGAUUGGUUUGCUGCCAAUACUGGUUUCUUGCUCGACAUUGCCCCCAAGUUCCAUGCCCUUCUGGUUUUUAUCGAACAUAGAUUUUAUGGAGAAUCGAAGCCGUUUGGAAACGACUCGUAUAGCUCGGCAGAAACAUUGGGUUACUUGACUUCACAACAAGCCUUGGCUGACUAUGCAGUUUUGAUUAGAAGUUUGAAGCAAAACCUCUCUUCUGAGGCUUCCCCUGUUGUUGUCUUUGGUGGGUCUUAUGGAGGAAUGCUAGCAGCCUGGUUUAGACUGAAAUACCCACAUAUCACUAUUGGAGCUUUGGCAUCUUCAGCACCCAUUUUGCACUUUGAUAAUAUCAUACCAAGGUCGAGCUUCUAUGAUGCUGUUUCCCAGGAUUUCAAGGAUGCGAGCUUGAAUUGCUAUGAAGUGAUCAAAGGGAGUUGGGCAGAGCUUGAGCAAGCAUUUUCUGAGGAGGGGUUGGCUGAACUAAGUAGAACAUUUAGAACUUGCAAGAACCUUCAUUCGGUAUCAUCGGUUCGAGAUUGGUUAUGGUCAGCAUUUGUUUACACUACAAUGGUAGAUUACCCAACUGAAGCCAAUUUUAUGAGGCCAUUGCCAGCCUAUCCUGUACAAGAGAUGUGUAAGAUCAUCGACGCAUUUGCACCGGAAACUAGCAAGCUUGACAAGGUUUUCGCUGCUGCAAGCUUGUAUUACAAUUACUCACAUGGAGAGAAAUGCUUUAACCUGGAAAAUGGACCCGAUAUGCACGGUCUUAGUGGUUGGAAUUGGCAGGCUUGUACAGAGAUGGUGAUGCCGAUGAUGUGUUCUAACGAGAGCAUGUUUCCACCAAGCGAGUUCCAUUACAAAGAAUUUGCACUAGACUGCGAGAAGAAAUAUGGAGUUUCACCUCGUCCACAUUGGAUCACUACUGAAUUUGGUGGCGAAAGAAUUGAGCAAGUGUUGAAAAGAUUUGGCAGCAAUAUCAUAUUUUCUAAUGGAAUGAAAGAUCCAUGGAGCAGAGGAGGGGUGCUGACAAAUAUUUCGACCAAUAUCGUUGUCAUCGUCACAGAGAAAGGAGCUCACCACGUCGAUUUUCGGUCAGCAACAAAAGAUGACCCCGACUGGCUUGUUGAGCAGAGGAGGCAAGAAGUGGAGAUUAUUCAUCAAUGGAUCAAUGAGUACUAUGCAGACAUAAAACAAGAUAAGAAAUUCAUCUAACGCGAAUCUUGUUGACUCAAGAGAUUCGAGUUCAAGUAGUGAAUGGAUCUGAUGUUUGUUAAGUAACUUUCUAAUGAAAAGAUUGAAUCCCAUAAUUGUAAACAAUGGUGGUGGAAGGUGUUCUCUUUACAUCCUUCAAAACAUUUGUGUGGUAAAAAACUCCAAUGGUAUCACUUCAAUUCCUAAAAUUUGGUGUGUAAGUAUGUUUGAUACAUCUCAAUU